GUGUCAAGAGGGAGGAGGUCGGAAGUUCAGCCAUUUUGAAAGAGUCUACUGAAGUUUCAGCACUUUUACUGCCAUUUUUUACGACGAAAAAUGGCUGCAACGUUAAGGCCUUACCUCAAUGCUGUCCGUUCAACCCUCACGGCUGCAAUGUGUCUAGAAAAUUUCGAUUCUCAGGUGGUAGAGAGGCACAAUAAACCCGAAGUCGAAGUGCGCAGUUGUAAAGAACUGCUUCUCACUCCAGUUGUCAUCAGUCGAAACGAGAAGGAAAAGGUUCUCAUCGAAGGCUCUGUGAACUCGCUACGAGUCAGCAUCGCAGUGAAACAAGCGGACGAAAUCGAGAAAAUCCUCUGUAAGAAAUUCAUGCGCUUUAUGAUGAUGCGAGCCGAGAGUUUUUUCGUCCUUCGACGCAAGCCGGUGGAAGGAUACGACAUUAGUUUCCUUAUCACUAACUUCCACACUGAAGAGAUGUUCARACACAAGCUAGUGGAUUUUGUCAUUCAGUUUAUGGAGGAAAUAGAUAAAGAAAUCAGUGAGAUGAAGUUGACUCUCAACGCUAGGGCACGUAUCUGCGCUGAGGAAUUCUUAAAAAACUUUUAAUGUUCACAAGCAAGAGGCAAAUUUACAAGACAGUACUUGUUUAUAGUUAUGAACUAAUCAUUGGCCAGCAACAAAAAAAGGAAAAAGAAAAACAUACAAAAAUAUUAAACAAGGAAAAGUAAACAUCAAGAUAUCGUAUGACAAUCAUACGUUCUCUGCAUGGAAGCUCCAAACAGAUUAUAUUUUCUUACAUUAUGCGAUUAGCAAUAAGCUCUAAGAAGUAUUUUACUUGAAUAAUCAUGAUUAUGAGCUUGAUGGGUGCUUUCUUAGCACUCAACUGAAGUUCAACUACAAUUUCAUUUUAAAGAGUAUGUGGAUCUAAAUAUAGAAUUGCUUUAUCAUAUUCUUCAUUUUCAUUUGCACACUAGUGUGAUAUUUCGACUCAGAUUUAUUAACAGAAUGAAUAUUACUUCCUUUUAUUCAUUAGAUACUGUAGCAAGCUUUCAUUAUAAUUAAAAUUAAUAUAAUUGUU